AUGCGCGUCCUGGAAUACUUUGACGCUGCCCAGAAUUCCAAUGAUGACAGAUAUAGUCGAAUAUUUGACGAUAUCCAAACCAUGGCUGGCAUUCCCGCCACGCAUCGAGCACCGAUAUCCCAUGCGUCGGCGAUUUACCGGACCUAUUUCCUUCUGGCUUCGACCUUGCUUCACGAAUUGGCUCACGCAUUUUCCUAUGCCUACGUCGAGCGUCCGCACAGGGAACAUCGCCCUUGUGACGACCCCUGGCUCCCGGGCGAUAGAUGUAAUGAGCUCGGCUUUGCUUUCGAGAACUACGUAUUUGGCGGCGUGGUAGAACCCCCGAAGGUAUACAUUCCGCCAAUGGAUGCUGGAUUCGCCAGUGACCUGCAGAACAUUGCCGCACCCUUUGGACUCCGGACCAACUGGCAGUGGGAUGUUUGGUACAAGAACGAGAACGGCCCUGGGCAGUGUGAUCCUGGAGUCAUGGAUUCAGACCGCAAGAUUGGCGAAAGAAAGCCAGACGAUCGUUUAUACCCCGUACCCCAAGCGUGGACACAAUGGUUGUUUUCAGAUGAGCUGUGGACUGAACAUGUACAUCGAUAUGGGCUCCGGGCAAUCAAGGUUCCUAGAUUACAAGAUUGGGAGAUUCGUGAUCAUCCCGGUCCCUGCAUUGGACGUCACGGAACAGGAGAACAUAGAUGGAACACUGGGAAACCCCGGAUAUGGACGCAGAAAUGGGACUGA